AUGGCCUUUCAGGACCUUCUUAUUCACACUGGCAGCCUAGGGAGGUUCCAGUUACUUCAGAUGGCUUUCCUUCUGAUCUGCAAUGGCUUUGUGGGUCCUCACAGUCUUUUGGAGAACUUUACUGCAGCCAUCCCUGGUCACCGCUGCUGGGUCCCCAUCCUUGACAAUGUCACUGUUUCUGACAAUGACAGUGGGAUCCUGAGCCAAGAUGACCUCCUGAGGAUCUCUAUCCCACUGGACUCCAACCUGAGGCCAGACAAGUGUCGUCGAUUUGUCCAACCACAAUGGCAUCUCCUUCACCUGAAUGGCACCUUCCCCAAUGUGACAGAGCCAGACACAGAGCCCUGUGUGGAUGGCUGGGUGUAUGACAGGAGCACCUUCCUCUCCACCACUGUGUCCCAGUGGGACCUGGUGUGUGGAUCUCAGGCACAGCAUUCAGUGGCUAAAUUUAUAUUCAUGUUUGGCAUUUUUUUAGGACAUAUCAUAGGUGGCUAUUUAUCAGACAGGUUUGGGAGGAAGUUUGUUUUCACGGGUGCUUUACUACAGAUGACCAUCACUGAAACCUGUGCAGCUUUCGCUCCCAACUUCCUCAUCUACUGCUCAUGUCGCUUCCUGGCUGGGAUUUCUUCCUCAUCCAUUAGGACUAACAGCGUUUUGCUCAUAGUAGAAUGGACAAGCCCUAAAUUCCAAAGUUUGGUAAUGACACUGGCAUUUGCUGCUGGGGGUAUUGGACAGGUAAUAUUGGGAAGCCUGGCUUUCGCUAUUCGAAACUGGCAUCACCUCCAGCUGGCAAUGGCUAUACCAAUGUUCUUCUUCCUUAUUCCCGCAAGGUGGCUGUCAGAGUCAGCUCGGUGGCUGAUUAUGACCAACAAACCCCAGAAGGGCUUAAAGGAGCUUCAAAGGGCUGCAUGCAAGAAUGGAAAGCAGAGUUCUAGAGAUGUCCUAACCAUGGAGGUUGUGAGAAACGCCAUGAAAGAGGAACUGGAAGCAGCACAGACAAAACAUUCCGUGUUGGACUUGUUCCGUACACCCAGCCUACGUAAGCGCAUCUGCAUCCUGUGCCUUAUGAGAUUUAUGUCAUUGAUACCUAUUAUGGGCAUGUUUAUCCACCUGCAGCACCUGAGCAGCAAUGUGUUCCUGCUCCAGUGUCUCUAUGGUGUGAUAGCCAUUCCAGCCAAUGCUCUUGGAAAUUUUUCAAUGAACCACAUGGGGCGCAGAAUAACCCAACUGAUUUUCCUGUCUCUGUUGGGAAUCUUCAUUCUCUCCACCAUAUUUUUGUCUCAAGAAAUGCAGACCCUUCGUAUAAUUUUGGCAACAUUGGGAGGAGCAAUUUCUUCUGCCUGUGUAUCGAGUACUCUUGUGCAUGCAAAUGAGCUAGUCCCCACCGUAAUCAGGGCAACGGGUCUAGGAGUCGCUGGAAUUGCUGGCAGUGCUGGGGCAGCCAUAUCUCCUCUGUUUAUGAUCUUCACCAUCUACUCUGCUUCCUUGCCCUGGAUCAUCUAUGGAGUCUUCCCCAUCAUCACUGGCCUCAUUGCCCUUCUCCUUCCUGAGACCAAGAAUCAGCCUCUGCCUGACUCCAUCCAGGAUGUGGAAAAUGACUGGAAAAGCUCAAGAGAAGCAAAGAAGAAUGCUGUCUCCAAAGUGACGCCAUUUUGA